AGGAGGGGAUGGGAUGGCACAAGAAGCAGGAGACCCAGAGCGUUGAGAGAGGAGAAAUAAGAGCAGCAGGGAAAACGGGGUGAUGCGAUUGGCUGAUCCUUCCAAUAUUGAGCAUGAUAGAAAUACAUUUCUCCCGGCGAUGGAAACAGACGGACAGUAGAGUCAGAAAAUAGAGAAAGACGCUCUUUUUUUGUGUUUGUUUUGUUUUCCAUCAUCGAUCUUAAAAAAGAGAGAACAGGGAGAGCAAAGAGGAGGACCAAUUAACUUCGGACGCCCCGAUGUGGACAUUUGUAUUUUUGAAGUCCAAACGAGCACAGAUGCGUCCUCUGUUGACAUGUUUUUCUUAAGAAUCUAACCAGGCGGCCAAGCCUCUUUUGAAUGUUCACGAAUGUAGAUGGUUUAGGGAUGAGAGAAGAGAGUUGUGACAUGCUGUCGACCCAAAUCGAGCAAGACGUGGACCGAGUGGAAUGCUCUGCUCCGUGGCAGACACGUCACCAGCCAGAUUCAGCUGAACGUGAGUGUUUGAACUCCCUGGAUGAUCCAGAGUUGCGCCUCAGGGGGCCAAACUGAAAAAAGAAAUCUGCCUUGAGAGAAGAAGGGUGCAAGGGAACCACUGACCGAGUGAGGCAAAGGGGGUUUGUUUCCCUUUCUCUCUCUCGAACCCGUCUCGUCGUCAGGCUGGCUGGCACCGCCAUGGCGUUCACCUUUGCGGCCUUCUGCUACAUGCUCACCUUGGUGUUGUGCGCUGCCCUCAUCUUCUUUGUCAUCUGGCAGAUUAUUGCAUUUGAUGAACUGCGCACAGACUUCAAAAACCCCAUCGACCAGAGCAAUCCCACCAGAGCGAGGGAAAGGAUUCUCAAUAUUGAGCGAAUCUGCAACCUUCUUCGCCGAUUGGUGGUACCAGAGUAUUCUAUCCAUGGACUUUUUUGCCUAAUGUUCAUGUGUGCUGGAGAGUGGGUCACACUUGGCCUAAAUAUCCCACUACUCUUUUACCAUCUGUGGAGGUUUUUCCAUCGACCAGCUGAUGGGUCCGAGGUCAUGUAUGAUCCUGUAAGUGUGAUGAAUGCCGACAUCCUUAAUUACUGUCAGAAGGAGUCGUGGUGUAAGCUGGGCUUUUAUCUCGUCUCUUUCUUCUAUUAUCUCUACAGCAUGGUCUACGCCCUGGUGAGCUUCUAAAAGAUUCUCAUGCUGAGAUCGACAGAAAAGCAUCGAUAAGGAAAGAACGACGAGAUCAGCUCUUCCGAGUGCCAUUGUGAAUGUAAAGGUGUUGCCUCCGAUCCAUUUCGACCACUUUCUUACAAACACUGCAGUGAGACAGAUGGACAAAGGAAUGGGUGGUGGAUGGAAGUAGUGAAGCGGGUGAUGGAAAAGGUGCUUGUGAUGCCUUUUACGCCUCAUUACAAAAAAAUCUUAACAAGGAAUCUGAAGGGCUGGAGUCAUCCCACGCUGCUCUUAACGAUCUAGUCUCUUAACUCACUGUGACUCUCCAAACAUUUAAGAUGGAACACAAAAUCUUUGACCUGGAAAGUGUGCACAUGCCAAGCUGUUUGGUAUUCAUCCAUAUUUUGACAGACGCCUCUAAUAUCCAAUCACUGUGUUUCUGCUGUGUUGUGGAGACAUCUUAUUGUAAAAUGGAGAAGUUAAAAAAAAAUGCAAGCAGGGAUAUUACAGAUCGCUGCAUGCAGAGACAUUUUCAAUCAAGAUGUAGAGAAAGCCUUGGCUACCAGGGUCAUCACGGUCAUUUUCAAACCGAGAGAAUCACAAAUAAAAAGCAAGAUUCAAGUCUCUAUACAGGCAAUUCAACUUGGAAGUGUAUUCUUUGCUGGAAGGACAUAGUUCUCGUUAAAUGCUAGACGCAUUUCUUUCCCCUCCACAGUUAUGUGCUCACAGAUUCAAUGCCAAAAGAUUGUGUAUGAAAAGCAUUGUGCCAAAGAACAUAGGUGAAGUGAAAAGCAACGAUGAGGCUUGAGAAAUCCUGUACAUUAUCACCGACUGUAAAUGCUAAGUCUCGGUUUUCACUUUCUUCUUCUUCUAAAAAAAAAAAACAAAACACUCUUGGUACAAUAGUUUUCUUCAAAAGAGAAAAAGAGAAAAGAAAAGCAACAUCCUGUCUAUUUUUUAGUGUGCAGAAACCGCCUUAUCUCCAUUUAACUUCACGCAUUAGCAUCAAUGCUAGCUAUUUUAGCACAGUGACAUUUCAUGUAUGACAAGCAAUUAAAAAGUCCAAAUUAGCAAUCUAUUAGGUUUGAUGGCAACUUCUGUGUGUGUGUGUGUGUGUGUGUGUGUGUGUGUGUGUGUGUGUGUGUGUGUGUGUGUGUGUGUGUGUGUGUGAAAGUAACUGAGUGAGACACAAGUGACAAAGACUCAGUGAUAAUGAUUACAUCAGACAUGUAAAGAGCCAUUUCAUCUCGAUAAUACAAUCAGACACAUGAACUCAUUGCUGCUUGAUGACCAAGCCUUUGCUCAUCUGCUCUUGUUCUCAUGUAGUCGUUGAGUGGACUUAUUUGUAGAUAAGUGAUGAUUCCAUUGUGAUUUUGUCCAGCAGUAGGCGUACAGAAAUUCAGGUUCCUGAUAAAAAAAA